AUGGCGCCCGCGCCCACCACCCCCUCCUUCCUUCGGCCCCCGCCGCCGCAUCCCCACCGCAUCCGCCUGCCCGCCCCUCCUCCCUCCACGUCCUUCCGCCUCUCCGAAAUCCUCGGUGGCCGCGGCCUCUCCAACGGCGAGGUCGGCAUCCGCAAGGAGCUCCUUUCGCCCACCCUGCCCUCACCUCCUCCGUCCAGGCCCUCGGGAGACUCCUCGUCAGGAAGCGCCGAGUCGGACCCGCCGGCGGUGGACCUGGACGCGUUCGAGAAGGAGAUGAUGGGCCUCACGGGCAGCUUCUCCGGCGGCGAGGUCGGGCUCAAGGACUUCGUCGCCAAGAACCCGCCUCCUCCUCCCAAGAGAGCCCAGACGGACGGGAAAGCGUCUUCCGCCGUGGUUCCGACGGGGCAUCCUAGGCCGCCGGAGCUGCCGCUGUUCCUCCCCGGCAUGGUGGUGCUCGAGGGCCGAGAGAAGGGCCCGCCCAUGGUGAACCCCAAGUCGGUCGUGCUCGAGGCGCUCGUCGAGGCCUAG